UGCGGCGCCUCGUACUCCAAGCGCCUCUGCAGCGAGCAGCCAAGAACCUGAGACAGAGCCGGCGGCCGCGGCAUAGCGAGCGAGCAGUGACCGCGCUCCGACCCAGCUCUGCCCCAGCCAGCGCUCCGCCGGCCUCGGUGCCCAGGCCCCUCGCCCAGCUUGCCCUCCCUGCGACCAUGAUGUUCUCGGGCUUCAACGCCGACUACGAGGCAGCGUCUUCCCGCUGCAGCAGCGCCUCGCCAGCCGGGGACAGCCUCUCCUACUACCACUCCCCAGCCGACUCCUUCUCCAGCAUGGGCUCCCCGGUCAAUGCGCAGGACUUCUGUUCGGAUCUGGCCGUCUCCACUGCCAACUUCAUCCCCACCGUGACUGCCAUCUCGACCAGCCCGGACCUGCAGUGGCUGGUGCAGCCCACCCUGGUCUCUUCCGUGGCUCCGUCGCAGACCAGAGCCCCCCACCCUUACGGAGUCCCCGCCCCCUCGGCUGGGGCUUACCCCCGGGCUGGAAACGUGAAGACCCUGACCGGAGGCAGAGCUCAGAGCAUCGGCCGAAGGGGCAAGGUGGAGCAGUUGUCACCCGAGGAAGAGGAGAAGAGGCGAAUCCGAAGGGAAAGGAAUAAGAUGGCUGCAGCCAAGUGCCGAAACCGGAGGCGGGAGCUCACCGAUACCCUGCAGGCGGAGACAGAUCAGCUAGAAGACGAGAAGUCUGCGCUGCAGACGGAGAUCGCCAACCUGCUCAAGGAGAAGGAGAAGCUGGAGUUCAUCCUGGCAGCCCACCGGCCCGCCUGCAAGAUCCCCGAUGACCUGGGCUUCCCCGAGGAGAUGUCCGUGGGAUCCCUGGAUCUGAGCGGGGGCCUGCCCGAGGCUGCCACCCCGGAGUCCGAGGAGCCUUUCAGUCUGCCCCUCCUCAACGACCCGGAGCCUAAGCCCGCAGUGGAGCCCGGCAAGAACCUGAGCGGCAUGGAGCUGAAGGCCGAGCCCUUCGAUGACUUCCUGUUCCCAGCGUCAUCCAGGCCCAGCGGCUCGGAGACGGCACGCUCUGUGCCGGACGUGGACCUGUCCGGUUCCUUCUAUGCCGCAGACUGGGAGCCCCUGCACAGUGGCGCCCUGGGGAUGGGGCCGAUGGCUGCGGAGCUGGAGCCCCUGUGCACCCCGGUGGUCACCUGUACCCCAAGCUGCACCACUUACACGUCUUCCUUCGUCUUCACCUACCCCGAGGCUGACUCCUUCCCCAGCUGCGCCGCGGCCCACCGCAAGGGCAGCAGCAGCAACGAGCCCUCCUCUGACUCGCUCAGCUCCCCGACACUGCUCGCCCUGUGAGCCGGCCGGGCUGGGGAGGCAGCCGGCGCGGCGCCCUGCCUCUGUCCGGAGUUGGUGCAUUACAGAAAGAACCACGUCUUCCCUCGAGGGUUCCGGUAGACUAGGGAGGACGCGAUCUGUGCGUGAAACACACCAGGCUGUGGGCCGCAAGGACUGGAACGCACCCGCGUGUGGACCCGAGUCCUUACCUCUUCCGGAGAUGUAGCAAAACGCAUGGAGUGUGUGUUGUUCCCAGUGGCACUUCUGAGAGCUGGUAGUUAGUAGCAUGUUGAGCCAGGCCUGGGUCUGUGUCUCUUUUCUCUUUCUCCUUAGUCUUCUCAUCGCAUUAACUAAUCUAUUGGGUUCAUUAUUGGAAUUAACCUGGUGCUGGAUAUUUUCAAAUUGUAUCUAGUGCAGCUGAUUUUAACAAUAACUACUGUGUUCCUGGCAAUAGUGUGUUCUGAUUAGAAAUGACCAAUAUUCAACUAAGAAAAGAUAAUGACUUUAUUUUCUAGUAGAUAGAAAUAAAUAGCUAUAUCCAUGUACUGUAGUUUUUCUUCGACAUCGAUGUUCAUUGUAACGUUACUGAUCAUGCAUUGUUGAGGUGGUCUGAAUGUUUUGACAUUAACAGUUUUCCAUGAAAACGUUUUAUUGUGUUUUUAAUUUAUUUAUUAAGAUGGAUUCUCAGAUAUUUAUAUUUUUAUUUUAUUUUUUUCUACCUUGAGGUCUUUUGACAUGUGGAAAGUGAAUCUGAAUGAAAAAUUUAAGCAUUGUUUGCUUAUUGUUCCAAGACACUGUCAAUAAAAGCAUUUAAGUUGAA